GACAACACGAAAAAGGAAUUGAUCAUUACAAUCCUAGUUGAAAAGAUGUCGACAAACCCGCUUGAGAAUUCUGUUGAGUUGAGAGAAUGUCUGAAGAAUGGCACGCUGUCUCUUAGAGACCUUGAUAACAAGCAGAAGAGACGAUCCUCCAAGGGCAGAAGAAGGCGAAGCAAGACAAAGACUGGAAGAACUGAAGAGGCAGCUGAUGGCGGUGAAACUAGAGCAAAGGCUAUGGAAGAUCCAGAACACAGCAAGAAGGAGCCAAAGGUUAUCAAACCUUCUAGGACCAAGAAAGUUCCGAAGGGAAGUGAUGUUCAUGUUGGAAUGAUAAACCAACACAAAGAUUCUGAUGAAGAGACUGUACGCAGCCUCCUUAAUGAAGCUUUGGACACAGUAGUCAGACAAUGUAUUGCUAUCGAGCACAGUCAAGCAAAAGAGCAACGUAAUGUUGUGAGUACCGUGGACUUUCAGCGAUCUGCAGAAUUGGAUGGAAGAAUGAGGGCGCAUAUGGAACAAAUGAAGGCCGAGAAACUGGCAAUGCAACAGAUUAUGUACAAAACAGCCUCAGAAGUCGUCCAGGAUUUAUUCUCUUCCGCGGCCAACAAUGCAAGCAAGACUGAAGGGACAGGUGAUGGCGAUACAACAAAAACAGAGACUAUGGAAGAUCCGACAAACAUCGCGAACGCUUCAGAGGUUACCAAAUCUUCAAGGUCCAAAACAGGACUGACAGGAAGUGAUGUUCAUCUUAAAAUGAGAACCCAACACAAGGAAUCUGGAGAGAUUGCACGCAGCAUUCUUGAUGACGUCUUGGACACAGUUACCAGGCAAUGUAUUGCUAACGAGCAAAGUAUUGAAAAUGAACGGGCACUUAUGUUGGUUCUUGGCUGUGUGGCAGCUUUUGAUGAUAUGAAUCAAUUCACGAGGAAGUUGUAUGUGGACGAGAGAAGAGAAACUCAGGAGUUGUUAUACAGAGAAGCAAAGGAAAAAGUAAAGAACUUGCUGCGAUCUACAGAUUAUAAUGCCAGAAUGAGGGUCCAAGUGAAACAAAUAAACACCGAGAAACGGGCAAGGAAAGAGAUUGUGUACAAGGCGGCCUCGGAAACCAUUGAGGAUCUGUUCUCUUGCGCAGCCAAUAAUGCAGGCGUACAAAAUGUUAUUGAAACAGAGUUGACCAAUGACGAGGAGACAGAUUGUGAGUUACCUGUGAGAGGCUGGAGAAGAUUUGUGUGCUGCGGACAGACAUACAAACUAAAGGUAAAGAUUAUACAGUCUGAUAAUGUACAGUGUGUCCUCUGUAACCCAGACACUUGGAUAUAA